AUGGCCAACUGGGUAAGCUUAUUAGAAUCAUACCUCGCAGACAAGCCCCGCAAGUCAGCAGUUGAAAACGGUAAAAGCUAAUUAGAUAGAGAAGUUGACAUUGCUUUUUUAAAUCUCCUCGAAGAAGAAAAAGAAGAAGAAAAGAAACGCAAUGAAAGCUUUAAAAAAAUCCCUCGCUUCUUUUUCAAAAAGCCUCAAUUAGAAAAUCCAUUAUAUUUAAAACUUAGACAGGAAGCUAGGACAAGAUUUCUUCAUAAUAAAUCAGCUGAAGUCCUAUACUGGUUUGAAUUUAUUGAAACUUAUAUAAAAUAAUUAUAAUAUAAAGCUUAAUAUAUUUAAUUAUGUUGUAUAGUAUAGAUAAAGAGGAUUUAGAGAAAUUAUGAUACUUAUUGAAAAGCAAUACUAGUUUCCCUGAUGAUGGUACCGAAAGAAUGAAUUAUGACCAAUUCUGCCAAGUCGCUAACAAACUACAUCCGAAAUAUAGACAAUUCUUCCAGCCAUCAGUAUUCCUAAAAUGCGACCGCGACGAAUAUGGAAGAAUUGAAAUUGUUCCUUUUUUCCACUAUAUCGUAAGAAAAGUAAACUUACACCAGACCAGAAUCCAAAUUUCUCUAUAUGACAGCGCUGGAUAUGGCUAUCUAAAAGAAAAAGACUUAGAAAACUUUAUUUUUGAGCUGGUUCCUUCUUUUGCACAGCUAUCAAGUCUGCAAGAAAAUUUUUAUCCAUUUUAUGUGAUUACAGCUGUGAGGAAAUUUUUCUUUUUCUUGGAUCCUAAAAAGACAGGGAGGAUUUGGAUCAAAGAUAUGCUGACUUCGCCAAUUCUGGCUGAACUUUAUGAACUGAGACAAGAAAAUAUGAGCCCUGAAGAAGCCGCUCAAAAUUGGUUCUCUGUUCAAUAUACAUUGAGGGUAUAUGACCAUUACUUAAGGCUUGAUUUAGAUAGAAAUGGAAUGCUUAGAAAGCAAGAAUUAACACGCUACUCAGGCGGACUUACAAGCAUCUUUGUAGAUCGUUUAUUUGAAGAAUACCAAACUUUUGAAGGAGAAAUGGACUACAAAACGUUCCUGGAUUUUGUAUUAGCAAUGGAAAAUAAAAAAACAAUGCCAAGUCUACAAUAUUUUUUCAGGAUCUUCGACGUAUAUAAAAAAGGGGCGAUAGACACUUUUGUGGUUAAUUUGUUUUUGAGGUCAAUUAUAGCGAAGCUCGAAUCUAAGGAAAAAUUCGGCUUUAAGGUUGAUGAUGUAAAAGAUGAAAUUUGGGAUAUGGCAAAACCUAAAUGUCUUUAUGCAAUUACGCUAGAGGAUCUGAUUAAAUGUGGAGUUGGAGAUACAAUUGUGUCAAUUCUUAGCGAUGCAAGAGCAUUUUAUGAGUACGACCAAAGGGAAAGUGGAAUUGAUGUGGAUGAAAUGGAUGAUAUUUGGGGAGAUGAGCCAAUUCAAAUAUAA